AUGAACAUUAUCACUACCGUAUGGGCAACCGAGCUGAGUAGGAUGACUACAAGUAAAGAGUCAAAAUUUUGUUCUGAAGACGAAAGAUCAGGCUAUCAACUCUUAUUUUAUCUUAAUUUCGAGCAUCCAUUAAUGCGAUGUCGGUCGUAUAACGUUUCCGUGGGAGGUGUACAGCACACGACUGUUACCACUCAAAGACGUCUUUGCACGACAAAUGGUCCACUUCUUGCCUGGCUGAUCGCUCAUCUAUUCAUCAAUCUUGGAGCUUUGUUGAUACGUGGCGAACAGAUAGAUCCGGCGUAUGUCAAUCGUCAUAGCGUAUACUGUUCACGUCGACUGUACUGGAUCCUUCAGUCGGUCUUUGAUCGCCGUUACACAACUCGUACAAUGAUAGUCAAAGACGACUCCGUCUUUCAGUUCUGA